UGUUGAUAAAUAGACAAUGCGGCCAGCUACUUCAUCCACUAAUAUUAUUUCUCCUAUGAAGAUUCUCACUCAUCUUCUUAUGGUAUUUGUUUUCAUGUUAUCACAAACCACCGCCAACGAUUUCAACAAAUCAUUAGAAGAAAAAGCUUUGCUUGCAACUAAUUGGUGGCCACAUGCAAAUGUUUCAGAUCGUCAUUGUAAUUGGACUCAUAUUGAUUGCAAUGAAGCAGGAAGUGUCAUUGGGAUACACUUUUACUAUGAUAACCUUGAAGGUGAUCUGGGAAGCCUCGACUUCUCUUCAUUUCCAAACCUUGUUCGCCUUUAUUUGGAUGACUGUGGUGUUGAAGGAAGCAUCCCCGAGCAGAUUGGUUUGCUCUCAAAUCUCACUGAACUUUCACUUUAUUGGAAUCGACUCAAAGGUGACUUACCUGUUUCACUCGCCAAUCUCACCCGUUUAGAACACUUUGAUCUUUCUGGUAACAGUUUUAGGGGUAACUUACCUGUCUCUUUCACCAAUCUCACCCAUUUAAAAUACAUUGAUCUUUCUGGUAACAAAUUUAGUGGUAACUUACAUGUCUCUUUCACCAAUCUCAUCAGUUUACAAUACCUUGAUCUUUCAGGUAACAAUUUUAGUGGUAACUUACCUGUCUCUUUCGUCACUCUCAUCCAUUUAGAACACCUUGAUCUUUCUGGUAACAGUUUUACUGGUAAGUUACCUGUCUCUUUCACCAACCUCACCCAUUUAAAAUACCUUAAUCUAAGUAAAAACCAAUUUUCUGGUCCAAUCCCACCAACUUAUGGGUCCAUGGUCAAUCUCACAGACCUAGACUUGAGCACAAACCAACUCAAUGCAUCCAUUCCAAACCAAAUUACUCAUUUGCAAAACUUACGUUCAUUGAAUCUGGGUGACAACAAUUUUGAUGGUCCAAUUCCCUCAGAUAUUUGUAAUCUAAGCCAACUGUACACUUUAGAUGUUGGCAUGAAUUCCAUAAGUGGCCACAUUCCUCUAUGUAUACCAAAUAUGAUGAAAUUACAAGAAGUCGACCUUAAACAUAAUAAUCUUGUGGGUACGGUUCAUGGAAAUCUGUCAAGACUUUCUUACCUUGAUGUUUCAUCGAACCAGUUGUCCGGUAAUUUGUCUUUUCACAUUCCAUGUAUGCUACGCCAUCUAGAUGUCUCCCUGAAUGUUAUAACUGGAGCUAUUAAAAGUCUUCGUGUUUGCAAAGACUUACAGUACUUGGACCUUAGUUGUAAUAAUUUUGUUGGAAAACAACUUGAAGAAUUGGACUUCUCAUAUUUGGAGUUCUUAAACCAGUCUCUGAAUCAUAAUCUCACUGCAUUCGGCCCUAAUCCUUCUUUAGUCCAAGAUAGCGAAAUUGGCUUGUCAUUCAAUGCUUCGAAUGAGCAAUCAACCUGCAAACAACAUAUGCCAAGAAACAAGCUAGUCCAUUUUAUAAUAAUUUUUCUUCCAAUCAUUGUGGGACUUUGCUUCUUGCUUCUUGGUUGUGUGUGUUACAGCAAUCGCAGGGCUACCAAAAAGAUAAACCAGCCAGAAACAAAAAAACAUGGAAAUGUGUGCUCGAUAUUGAAUUAUGAUGGAACAAUUGCAUAUGAAGACUUUAUCACUGCUACAGAGGAUUUUGACCUCAAAUACUGCAUUGGAACCGGUGGCUAUGGUAGUGUUUAUGAAGCCAAACUGCCUGACGGUCAAAUAUUUGCUUUGAAAAAACUCCAUCGGUUUGAAACUGAGCAAUUCAACAAGAGUUUCAAGAAUGAAGUCCAAGUGUUAACCAACCUAAGACACAAAAACAUUGUCAAACUCUAUGGGUUUUGUUUGCAUAACAAAUGCAAUUUCCUUGUAUAUGAAUACAUGGAAAGGGGGAGUCUGUUUUGCGCCUUGAGUGACAAUGAAUUAGCUGUUCAAGUGGACUGGCUCAAGAGAGUGAAUAUUAUCAAAGAUGUGGCCCAUGCUUUGGCAUACAUGCAUCAUGAUUGCAGCCCUCCUGUUGUUCAUAGAGACAUAUCAAGCAACAACGUUCUCUUGAACUCAGAACUAGAAGGAUUUGUUGCUGACUUUGGGGCAGCCAGAUUGCUCGACCCAGAUUUUUCCAACCAAACCGUGAUUGUAGGAACUUUGGGAUACAUUGCUCCAGGUAACCUUGCCUUUCUUUUAUGUGUAUUAGAAGUUGAAAUUUUGCUAACGAUCCUUUUACGAUCAUGCAGAACAUGCUUAUAACAUGAUUGUGACUGAAAAAUGUGAUGUGUAUAGCUUUGGGGUAGUAGCACUUGAGACAAUUGGAGGGAAGCAUCCUGGAGAACUCAUUUCAUCCCUAAACUAUUUGACUGGUCAUGAUGCGAAGUUGGAAAAUAUAUUGGACAAACGACUCCCUUAUCCAACAAAUAGGUUGAUUGAAAAGAAAAUUAUGUGUGCUUACAAUGUAGCACUAGCGUGCAUUCUCCCAGAUCCAAAGUGUCGACCGACAAUGAGAAACGUCACUCGAGAGUUAUCAUGUUGAGGGCCUCAUUUGGGUGAUCUUAAAGAACAACCUGUAGUUAUAUUUCAUAUGUAUCUAGUGGUAGAUGCGGAAAUUUUGUUACAGGUGUUACCAUGUUUCGGUAUUGGA